AUGGUUAUCCUCGGUGACUUCAACUUGAGCACAAUCAAUUGGCAGCGCCAUGAAUCGGGAUUUCUCUUCCCGACUGCAUCGAGAUCCCUGAUCGACCAGACGUCUCGUUUGCUGCUUGACGCGUACAGCACAGCUGGACUGAACCAGAUGAAUGAUGUGGAAAAUGAAAACAACCGAAUACUUGACCUGCUUUUCAUCAGCAACGAACUCCGCGGGAGCUGUUCGGUUAUGCAGGCCCCAUCACCGCUCAUCAAGAUUAUGCAACUCAUUUAUCUUGAGUUACCGCUCCAUAACUUCCACGAGCCGCCUGAAAGCAUUUCAUAUGACUUUUACAAGGCCAAUUUUAACGGGAUGAAUGCCUUUCUUGCUCAAGUUGACUGGGACACGGCUCUUCGAGAUUCUGACGUCAACCUAGCUGCUUCGACCAUGUCAAACAUACUACUUUACGCCAUCGACCAGUUUGUUCCCGUGAGAUCCACACCAGAACCGGUCAAAUUAGCCUGGUCUAACGCUCAUCUCAAAAAUCUGAAAAGAGUCAAACGCGCGGCCCUCAGACAACACUGCAAGUAUCGUACGGACUCUACAAAAGCUAGCUAUAUCAAGGCCAACUCCGAUUAUCAGCAACUCAACGAUCAUCUCUAUAACGCCUUUCAAAAUCGUUUGCAAAGUCGUCUCAGGAAUAAUCCCAAAAGCUUUUGGCGGUACGUCAACGAACAACGGAAGGAAUCUGGAUUGCCCUCAACGAUGACUGACUUUUUAGCUGAAGCCCAAACUACCAACAACAUUGCUAAUUUGUUCCGUACUCAAUUCAGUAGUGUAUUUACUAAUGAGUAUCUCGACCCGCAAUAUGUAGUUAUUGCCACUAGGAAUGUUCCCAGUCUUCCUGCCGCUAGACAGCCAUUGGUCAUCACAAACGAUUCAAUAAUAGCUGCCAGUAAGAAGUUGAAAUCCUCCACGGGAUGCGGCCCAGACGGUAUCCCAUCGGUUGUUAUUAAACGUUGCGCAGAGUCGCUUGUCAGACCACUUACUGCAGUAUUCAAUCUCUCGCUGACUUCCGGGGUGUUUCCGGUGUGCUGGAAGCAGUCAUAUGUAUUUCCAGUUUUCAAAAAGGGCUGCAAGAGGACCGUAUCAAACUACCGGGGAAUAGCUGCGCUGUGCGCCGUUUCCAAGCUAUUUGAGUUGAUUGUCCCAUUACAUUACAUUUCAAACGACCAACACGGGUUUAUGCCCAAACGUUCAACGACCACUAACCUAGCGUGCUUCACUUCCUUUGUAAUAAGACAAAUAGAGUAUGGCCAUCAGGUGGAUGCAAUCUAUACAGAUCUUUCUGCUGCAUUCGACAAAAUAAAUCACCAGAUUGCCGUAGCAAAAUUUGACAAAUUAGGCAUAAAUAACGCUCUGCUCAGCUGGCUUUAA